AUGGCUGAGCCCAGCUCGAAGCGCGCUCGCACCGAUGCUCCCGUCGAGAAUCCUUACCUCGCGCACCUGAACAACCCAGCGGACCGGAUGACGGGUGGAGCGAACGGCGGAAAGGGAGGCUUCGAGGGGUGGAUCCCAAGGAAGCAGGGCGGCAAGGAGGUUGAGGCGGUCAUGGCCGGCGACUUCAACCCUUUCAGCCAGCGACCAUUCUCGAACCGGUACAGGGAGAUCUUUGAGGUCCGCAAGAAGCUGCCGGUCCACCAGCAGAUGGACGAGUUCCUCAAGAUGUUCAACGCCAACCAAUUCGUCGUUCUUUCGGGAGAGACAGGAUCAGGAAAGACCACCCAAAUCCCUCAAUACGUCGCCUACGCCGACCUUCCCCAUCUCCGCAAGCCCGGCAUGCAGGUCGCGUGUACCCAGCCUCGACGUGUCGCCGCGAUGAGUGUUGCCAAGCGUGUUGCGGACGAGAUGGACGUCUCGUUGGGCGAGGAGGUCGGAUACAGCAUCCGUUUCGAGGACUGCACGAGCCCGAACACCUUCUUGAAGUACAUGACCGACGGUAUGCUCCUCCGCGAAGCGAUGAACGACCACAUGCUCUCGCGCUACUCUUGCAUCAUCCUCGACGAGGCACACGAGCGCACUCUCGCCACCGACAUCUUGAUGGGCCUGUUGAAGGACGUUGCGAAGCGGCGCCCGGACUUGAAAAUCGUCGUCAUGAGUGCCACGCUCGAUGCCGCCAAGUUCCAGAACUACUUCUUCGGCGCACCGCUGCUCAAGGUGCCUGGUAGGACGUUCGCCGUCGAGAUCUUCUACACGCCUGAACCCGAGCCCGACUACCUCGAAGCCGCCAUCCGCACCGUCCUCAUGAUCCACCAAGCCGAGCCCGAAGGCGACAUCCUUGUCUUCCUGACUGGUGAAGAGGAGAUUGAGGAUGCGUGUCGGAAAAUCAUGGUCGAGGCGGACCAGCUGCCGCACCAGUUCGGCCCGCUCAAGGCUAUCCCGCUCUACUCGUCGCUCCCUCCCCAUCAGCAGCAACGCAUCUUCGAUAAGGCGCCUCCCCCUCGUACCCCCGACGGUCCUCCCGGACGCAAGGUCGUCAUCUCGACCAACAUCGCCGAAACGUCGCUCACUAUCGACGGUAUCGUCUACGUCGUCGACCCCGGCUUCUCGAAGCAGAAGAUCUACAACCCGCGCAUCCGUGUCGAGUCGCUCCUCGUCAGCCCCAUCUCGAAGGCCAGCGCGAACCAGCGGGCGGGACGUGCAGGACGUACGCGGCCGGGCAAGUGCUUCAGGUUGUACACGGAGUCGGACUUUGUUAAGGAGCUCGAGGAGCAGACGUAUCCCGAAAUCUUGCGGUGCAACCUCGCAUCCGUCAUUCUCGAGCUCAAGAAGCUCGGCAUCGACGACCUUGUCCACUUCGACUACAUGGACCCCCCAGCACCAGAGACGGUCAUGCGUGCGCUCGAGCUGCUCAACUACCUCGCAGCGUUCGACGACGACGGCAACCUUACCCCGCUCGGCGACUUGAUGGCGGCCUUCCCGCUCGAGCCGCAGCUCGCCAAGAUGGUGAUCGUCUCGCCCGAGUUCAAGUGCUCGAACGAAAUUCUCUCCAUCGCCGCCAUGCUCUCCGUCCCGAACCCGUACCUCCGCCCGAACAGCCAGCGCAAGGAGGCGGACGAAGCGAAGGCGCAGUUCGCUCAUCCGGCAGGCGACCACCUCUCGCUCCUCAACCUGUACCACGCGUACAAGAGCAACCCGGAUGCGAACUGGUGCUGGAACAACUAUAUCUCAUUCCGAGCCAUGCAGCAGGCCGACAACGUUCGCAACCAGCUCAAGCGCACGAUGGAGAAGCUCGACCUCGACCUCAUCUCGACCUCCUUCGAGGACAAGUCGUAUUACGAGAACAUCCAGCGCGCGCUCACCGCUGGCUUCUUCAUGCAAGUUGCGCACAACGAGGGCGACAAGAAGGGCUACGUCACGAUCAAGGACUUGCAGGUCGUCGGCUUGCAUCCUUCGACCGGCCUGGACCACAAGCCCGAGUGGGUCAUCUACAACGAGUUCGUGCUCACUACGCGCAACUUCGUGCGCACUGUGACCGAAACUCGCCCGGAAUGGCUGUGGGAGUACGGGCAGCUCUACUUCGACCCAACCAACGACCGCUCGUUCCCCGACUGCGAAGCGCGUCGCGUGUUCGAGCGGAUGCAGAAGGGACAGUACCGCUCAUCGAAGCGGUCCGGCAACGAUGCCGACAAGCGGGACAAGAAGAAGCGCAAGGAGAGGCGGUAG